CGACUCCCAUGACCGAGUCUCCUCUUCGUCGAACGGCCUCCUUUACCGUCGUCUUUAUUUUUCUCGUCGUCAUCCUUUCUUUUGGCAUCGGUAACGAGCUUUCGGAAUAUGCUGGUCUUUUCCCUACCAAUUCAGAUAGAAAAUAUCAUCCAGAUUUCGCUCAAUACAUACACGUCCGUAAUGUUUCUGCAAAAGAACUGUCUCUAGACCAAACAGGUAGGCGCGCAAUCGUCAUCGGCGACAUUCAUGGCAUGGACCAGGCCUUCCACGCCCUCCUGGAGAAUGUCUCCUACGACUCCAAGGUUGACACUCUAAUUCAUACCGGAGACAUCUGCGCGAAAGGACCACACGACGGCUCCCUCUCCGUCUUAUCCUACAUGGCGUCUCACAACGUCACAGGCGUACGGGGGAACCAUGACCAGAUGGUCAUAGAAUGGCGGGCAUGGCUCGACUGGAUACAAGGCCUAGAGAAUGGAUACGGUGGGAGGUGGCUUCAGGAGGCGGAAGCCCAGUGGGAGAAAGACAAUGAGAAGCGGGAUGAAGAUGAAGAGAAGUGGACGAAGAAGCAGAAGAAACAUGCGAGAGGAAAGGAUCGCAAAUGGUGGGAGAGGAUCCCCGAUGGGUGGGCGAUGUUUUCAGACCACUACAACAUUGCGCGCGCGAUGUCGACAGCGGAUUAUAAGUACCUUCGCUCGCUCCCAUUGAUCCUCCACCUCCCUUCGGAGCACACCUUUAUCGUACACGCGGGCCUACUUCCCCAUGACCCUACGCAUUCGAUAACGGACCGCCGACAGCCGCUCUCUCAUCUCCCUUCGCUCAGUAAAACGAUCACCGACUCUUCACUCCUUGGUAUAGACUGGCCCGCGAAUGUGCGGAUGAGACCCACUGUACCUAUCUAUCGGCAGGCGCAGGAGAUCAACUUGAUACAAGAAAUUCCGCAGAACACGGACCCCUGGGUUCUUCUGAACAUGCGAAGCUUGCGGAGGGACAACAAAGUGACCAAGUCUAGCAAGACAGGUAAACCAUGGGCCGAUAUUUGGAAUGAGGUGAUGCCACAGUGCAAAGGGUUCAGGGAUGCCGCAACGCAAAGUCAGAACAGCAAAUUGCGGUGCUAUCCGUCAACGAUCAUCUACGGGCAUGCUGCCUCUAGGGGACUUGACGUUAACCGUUGGACUAUUGGCUUAGAUUCGGGUUGUGUAUAUGGUAGACGCUUGACGGCUAUGAUCUUAGAGGCUGCUCACAAGCACAAGUUGGACGUGGUCGCCCGGGCAGACGACGAAGACGAUGAAGACGACGAGACCGACGCGGCUAAGAAGACGCCGAAGGUGAUAGAUUUUGGUGACGACGGUGAAGCUCGGCUUGCCAGUGUACAAUGCAAGGAACAAUGAGAGUGCUGCACGGAGGACGGUGUAUAUCUUAUUUUACUUUCUCGUUGUUUCUAAUGAUAUGGGGUUCAGAAAGC